CACAGCCGAUUUUUGACAGGAGUACAAAGACUACUCAGUGGAGAAGAACAGCUCAGACAAACACUGCUGCUCAACAUGCAAACGAAAUUAACCUAAACCACAUCGGUGUAAUUAUACUGAUGGGAAGAACCAUAUGCAAAGAGAAGCUCAAAAAUGGAUCGGAGAGUUAGACGUAAAAUCUUCUACACUUAAAAAAAAAGAAAAAACAUCCUAAAACGUGUAGACGAUAGUGUGGGAGAAAUUUAGCGGCUUUGUCAGAGCUGUCAGAGCAAAGCUUGUUCCAUAUACCGCAUCCCUCCCCUCCCCUCCCCUCCCGGGCGGCCGCUUAGUCCCCGCCCCCAGGCUGAGCCCCGCCCACCUCCGCCCCAGCUCGCCCCGCCCCCUGACUGAGCGUCCCGGGCGUCUAGCGGGGUGCGCGCAGGCUCCAUUCUCCUCCCCCCGGAAGAGCCGCAGUGGAGGCACUGCCAGGCUGGUCCUGCGUCGACUGCGAGCGCCUAUUCUGCCGGGGCGCGAGCCAGGCCCGCCCCAGACCGCGCGCUCUCGCGCAGGCGCCCCGCCCCCGACGGCCUCCUCGUGCACCCGGGCCCACGUCGCGACCCCACCGCCCAGCCGCCGCGUUCCAGGGCGCCGCGUCUCAGGAGCAGCGCCCCUCGGUGACACUGAGCGUCUGCCAUUACCUAGACCGAGAUGAACAACGAACAAGUUACACUGGUUGGUCAAGUAUUCGAGUCGUAUGUUUCAGAAUACCAUAAGAAUGACAUUCUCCUGAUCUUAAAGGAAAAAGAUGAAGAUGCUCAUUUCCCAGUUGUGGUUAAUGCCAUGACCCUUUUUGAGACAAACAUGGAACUUGGGGAAUAUUUCAACGCAUUCCCCAACGAAGUACUGACCGUUUUUGACAGCGCACUGCGAAGAUCAGCCUUGACAAUUCUCCAGUCCCUUUCUCAGCCUGAGGAUUUCUCCAUGAAGCAGAAUCUUCAUGCCAGGAUAUCAGGUUUACCUGUCUGUCCUGAGCUGGUACGGGAGCACAUUCCUAAAACUAAGGAUGUCGGACAUUUUCUGUCUGUCACUGGGACAGUGAUCCGGACAAGCCUGGUGAAGGUCCUAGAGUUUGAGCGGGAUUACAUGUGCAACAAGUGUAAGCAUGUGUUUGUGGUCCAGGCUGACUUUGAGCAGUACUACACCUUCUGCCGACCUUCAUCAUGUCCCAGCUUGGAGGGUUGUAACUCGUCAAGAUUCACCUGCCUCUCAGGCUUGUCUUCCUCGCCAAGCAGGUGUAGAGAUUAUCAGGAAAUCAAAAUUCAGGAACAGGUUCAAAGACUAUCUGUUGGAAGCAUUCCACGAUCCAUGAAGGUUAUCCUGGAAGAUGACUUAGUAGACAGCUGCAAAUCUGGUGAUGACCUCACAGUUUAUGGAGUGGUGAUGCAAAGGUGGAGGCCCUUUCAACAAGAUGUGCGCUGUGAAGUGGAGAUAGUUCUGAAAGCCAAUUAUGUUCAAGUGAACAAUGAACAUUCUGCAGGGAUCAUUGUGGAUGAAGAAGUUCGAAAGGAAUUUGAAGAUUUCUGGAAAUCCUAUAAGAGCAAUCCUUUUGCAGGAAGGAAUGAAAUACUGGCCAGCUUGUGCCCUCAAGUUUUUGGGCUGCAUCUAGUAAAGCUUGCUGUAGCCAUGGUGCUGGCCGGUGGGAUUCAAAGGACUGAUGCUACAGGAACACGGGUCAGAGGUGAAUCUCAUCUUUUAUUGGUUGGGGAUCCUGGCACAGGGAAGUCUCAAUUCCUCAAGUAUGCAGCAAAAAUUACACCAAGAUCUGUGCUUACCACAGGAAUUGGAUCAACUAGUGCAGGUCUAACAGUAACUGCUGUAAAAGACUCUGGAGAAUGGAAUUUGGAGGCUGGCGCAUUAGUCCUUGCAGAUGCAGGCCUUUGCUGUAUCGAUGAAUUUAACAGCCUCAAAGAGCAUGAUAGAACCAGCAUCCAUGAAGCAAUGGAGCAACAGACCAUAAGUGUUGCCAAAGCUGGCCUUGUUUGCAAGUUGAACACAAGGACCACCAUCCUGGCAGCAACUAACCCCAAAGGCCAAUAUGAUCCCCAUGAAUCUUUGUCAGUGAACAUUGCCCUUGGCAGCCCACUCUUAAGUCGCUUUGAUCUGGUCUUGGUUUUGCUUGAUACCAAGGAUGAAGACUGGGACCGUAUAAUUUCUUCCUUUAUCUUAGAAAACAAAGGUUACCCAAGCAAAUCAGAGAAGCUCUGGAGCAUGGAGAAGAUGAAAACCUACUUCUGCCUCAUCAGGAAUCUGCAGCCCACACUGUCUGACGUAGGAAAUCAAGUUCUUCUCCGGUACUACCAGAUGCAAAGACAGAGUGAUUCCCGGAAUGCUGCCCGCACCACUAUCCGCCUGUUGGAAAGCUUAAUACGAUUAGCAGAAGCUCAUGCUCGCCUGAUGUUUCGUACCACCGUGACUCUGGAAGAUGCCAUCACAGCGGUAUCAGUUAUGGAGUCUUCAAUGCAGGGAGGUGCACUGCUAGGAGGUGUGAAUGCACUCCAUACUUCCUUUCCUAAAAACCCUCUUAAACAGUACCGCAGACAGUGUGAACUUAUUCUGGAAAAGCUGGAGCUGCACGACCUCUUGAGUGAAGAGCUAAGAAGACUAGAAAGGUUACAGAAUCAGAGUGUGUGCCAGUCGCAGCAACAGGAAGUGGAGACAGAGAUGGCUCCGGGACCCAUGAGCAAUGAUCUGGUGAAAGAGUCUACAUUCAGAACUUCAACACAACAGGAAACCAAUUGUGGUAUACAUAUCUUCUCCCCUGGAGGUACUCCCGCGGAAAGCGCUCUGCUCAAUCCCCUAUCCCAUCUGGAACCCAAUAUAUCAACAAACAGAAACCAUUCCGCUGAGCACAAAAAUAACAGAGAUGAUAGUUUGGACUGGUUUGACUCUGUGUCAGCUCAUCAGCUUGAACCUAAAAACACUGUUUCUGUGUCUCCCGUUCCCAAAACAACUAGGGGGAAAAUGCCUUUAAAAGUUCCCAGCAAUAAAUUUCAGGGGAAGAAAAAGAAUGAGCCAGCCCCAAGAAGGCCAUUGGAAACUGGACAGCUUUCAGCACCUGGAGAAACAGAGACUGUACUGAAACUAGACUCUGUUGAGAGAAAAAAGGCAGCAGUAGUUCCUGAAGAAAUGUCAACUGAAGAACUAGACUCAGUGCUGACUCACCUUGUCCCCAGGAAACUGCACAAAUUGCGCAAGGGGAGGUCCCAGGAGUUGUGCAGAAAUUCCACAAAGGCACCUUCACAGCCUCCAAGCCCUUCUCCUCCCCCUCAGACCACUCCUGUACAAGGCCCAGAAAGAACACUAGAAACUCCCAAAAGAAAGAGACGGAAAUUACUGGCUCGGGUGGAAGAGCAUGAACUUGAAAGCGCUGAGAGUUCAGGUCCUCCCGUGGACAAAUUGGCAAAAUUUACUUUUAAACAAAAGUCAAAACUGAUUCACAACCCUGACAACAACAGCCAUGUAUCUUCCAGCACAACAAUAAGAGCUCAGAACCCUAAAUGUUCCCAUCAUAAAACAAGAAGAGAGCCAGUUCUGCCCGUGAAGGGUUCAGAAAACUUGAUGUCUACUUCAGAAAAUAGCAGCUCACAUAAACUGCUGCAUAAGAUGAGGGAGGUAGCAUGUCAGCCGCCAGAGAAAGACAGAGCAGGAGAGAGGAAAGAUUCUGUCUCUGAAAAGAGAGUUAUUCCACCUGAAUUAGAAUUUGGAAAUGAGACUGGGCUUUCUUAUCUUACUUGUGAAAGAGACAGAAAGGAAGAGGUCUCAUGCAGUAGUACUGGCAGCAAGGUUCAUGCACGCACAUUAGCUAGAUUGGCAAACUUCUCCUUUACUUCCUCCUCUGAAAACAAAUCACAGUUCUCUCCUCCUCUCCCCCCUCCUCCUCCUGAAAGUAAGAACCAGAGUGAGAGGGACCCAAGCUCUCUUCCUACAAUCACAGUCCCAGUAGUUGGCGGUAAAAGGAGAACUUUUCAGCUGGGGGAGUCCACCAAGAAAUCAACUCUUUCAAAACAAUACCUGUUCAGUUUAUCAGAGCUAGAUGAUGACGCAUUAGAUUUUGAUUGGGAUGAAGAAAUCAGAAAAAAGCCGUAAUUGUGAAAAGCCUUCUAGUCAACUUUCAGCCUCCCAACUCACUCGGUGCAACAUCAUAUAUGCAGUGUGCUAUCUGUACAUGUACAGAACUAUUAGUCAGAUGGAGUGCCAUUCUGAAUACCAACUCCUCCCACCAGGUUUGAUAAUUUCAAAUUUAUGUCCAUGACUUAAAAACUUGUAUCAGUCAUGGGGCCGGGUGGUGGCACACCUGGUUAAGUGCAAAUGUUAUAGUGCGCAAGGACCUGGGUUCAAGCCCCCGGCCCUCACCUGCAGGGGGAAAGCUUUGCAAGCAGUGAAGCAGGGCUGCAAGUGUCUCUCUAUCUCUCUCCCUCUCUAUCACUCCCUUCUCUCUCUCGAUUUCUGGCUGUCUCUAUCCAAUAAAUAAAUAAAGAUAAUUAAUGUUUAAAAAAGACUUUUUUAAAAAAACUUUUAUCAGUCAAUUUAGGCCAGUGUGAUAGGAACUACUUGACAUUAUACUUGAUUUUACGAAAGGGACACUUCUACCCCCAGGGAUGUUCCUGCUUUAGUUUUGUUUGUUCAUAAGGAAAACCUUCUUUCAUUCAUUCUGGAACAAGUACCCAUAAGCUUGUGCUCAUAAGGCAGAUACAUACGGCAGAUAGGCUCUUUCUCCGCUUUUUCCUUUGCUUUUUAAUCGAUUUUGUUUUCACCCAAGAUGUGCUGAGUAUAGUGAAUAUUUAUUAAAAUACCUCAAAAUCUUGAGAAAUUUGCAACAUCUUUUUGUGUUUACUGUCUUGUCAGAGUAAAUGCGGCUCAUGUCGUCUCUCUUCGAGAGAGAGCUUUACAGUUCGAUGGUUUUCCUAAAGUGGCCAAACAGUAGCACUGACCUACUGACUCUGUGAGUUUGCCCUGUUUUUUUAAAGCCAACAUCCUGCACUUCGAAUCACAACUUCAAUCUUACUG